AUGACUACCAAACAACGGGUUUUGCUCCUUGGAGCUACCGGCGAGACUGGAAGCUCCAUUCUAAAUGGGCUUCAAGAGUCUGGCAAUUUUGAUGUAGAGAUCUUAGUUCGACCUGCUUCCGUGAAAAAGCCAUCAGUUCAAAAGCUUCAAGAGCAAGGCGUGAGGAUCUGGUCCAUAGAUCUUGACGAUUCCACCGAACUCACAUCUGCACUGACUGGGAUCGACAUUCUCAUCAGUGCCAUCGGUCCCCAUGAUUUGUUACAACAAAAGAAGCUACUACAGGCUGCCAAAACUGCGGGGGUGAAAAGAAUAGUCCCAUGUGCUUUCAUUACGGUCGCACCUCCGCAAGGCGCCAUGUUGCUUCGCGAUCAGAAAGAGGAGAUAUACAAUGCCAUCAAGUUAUUAGGUAUUCCAUACACCGUGAUAGAUGUCGGAUACUGGUAUCAAAUCUCAUUUCCGUCGCUCCCGUCCGGCAAAGUGGAUUAUGCAACAUUGUUGCCGAAGAACGUCAUCCAUGGCGACGGCACGGCACCAAAUCUUCUAAUUGACUUACGUGACAUUGGGUUAUUUGUUGCGAGUAUACUAUGCGACGACCGUACAUUAAAUAGAUACGUGUAUUCGUUUGGGGAGGUCCUUAGUGAGAACGAAAUUUACCGUAUUGUGGAGGAGCUUUCUGGGGAGAAGGUAGAAUCGACUCGGGUGUCGACUGAAUCUAUCGAGGAAGCCGUUGAACAGGCUAAAGCUGCUUUGAAUUUGAAUCAAGAGGAUCCGAUGAAGCGCAUUGGCCUCUAUAAGGCUCAAUACGAAUACAGCAAAUAUGUGCGACAGGACAAUACGCCAGAAUAUGCAGACUUUUUGGGCUAUCUGAACGCACGAGAGCUCUACCCGGACUUAAAGCCAAGAGAAUUCCGUGAAUAUUUCACAGAGGUCAUGGCUGGAAAAGCCAGGAAGGUAUACGAUAGUUAA